AUGGCCCUGCGUCGAUUCAACGCCGGCGGAAAGAAGCAGAAGGAGCUGACGGAGGAGCAAAAGCAGGAAAUCAAAGAGGCCUUCGACUUGUUCGACACGGAUGGCUCAGGCGAGAUCGACUCCAAGGAGCUGAAGGUGGCCAUGCGCGCCCUGGGCUUCGAGCCCAAGAAGGCUCCGCGGUUCCCAGGGUUCGAGACUUCGAGGGCCGCUGACGCUCCACUUUGA